AUGCCAUUUUUAAAAUCGCUAGCAGUGCUCACAAUUAUAGCUCAUGGGCUUUUAGCUCAGCAAAUUGUACCCAGGCAGAGUAAAACGUGCGCUUUUCAUUGCCCCGGUCCAGUCCACGGUGAUUGGAAUGCAGGAGCUUGUGUAUUAGUAUUUGCGUCGGGCUCAGACAACCAGCCAACAGAAUUGAAGGUGAAAGCAGCAACCCCAACGGCGCAUCAUCCCAACUUUUUCAAUUGCAUCGGAACCUACCCCGGGAACCCAAAGGUUGUCAGCGCUUGUUGUCGCCAUGAUGUUGUUCCACCGUUAGGCAUAGCGUCAAAAUCCUUUUACAUUCGCAAAGGCAGACCACCUGAGGAAGGAGGUUUACCAGCCAACCCAGGAUACAACACAUUCUGCCAAAUCCCUGAUCCCCACAAAACGAAACCCGCAGAUUUCCCCCCGGACUGCAGGGAAUCUUAA